GGCUCGGGCCGGGGGGACCGCGCGGGGCAUCAUGGCCGUGGGCACGGGCACGUCGCUGGCGCUCUCCUCGCUGCUCUCGCUGCUGCUCUUCGCCGGCAUGCAGAUGUACAGCCGGCAGCUCGCCUCCACCGAGUGGCUCACCAUCCAGGGCGGCCUGCUGGGCUCCGCGCUCUUCAUCUUCUCCCUCACCGCCUUCAACAACCUGGAGAACUUGGUCUUCGGGAAAGGAUUCCAGGCCAAGAUAUUCCCGGAGAUUCUCACCUGCCUCUUACUGGCCCUCUUCGCCUCUGGCCUCAUCCACCGAGUCUGCGUGACCACCUGCCUCAUCUUCUCCAUGGUUGGUCUCUACUACAUCAACAAGAUCUCCUCAACGCUCUACCAGUCCGCGGCGCCGCUCGCCGCCCCCGCCAAGGCUGUUGGCAAAGGCAGGAAGAGGAAUUGAGGUCCCGUGGCCCCUGCGCGGGGGCCGGGGGGGCUCUGCGCCCACCAAUAAAGCGAUCCCUUUG